GUGUGAAAGCCACACACUUGUUACAUGCCUUCACUUCCUCUUCUAAUUUUAUUUUUAAAAGGUUGGGAUCAGCGGUGUGGAAGCACGAUUGUAAAGAAAGCAGCAUUGUCAUUGUGGUACAGCAGCCAGGAUGGGCCAGGUUUCCGUGUGGGCUGUAAGCAUCACUGCGCUGAUCUUUCUGCAGUCUGUUUCUACCUCUAAGCUGGUUUGCUAUUUCACCAGCUGGUCCCAGUACCGGGAAACUUCAGGGCGUUUUGUUGCUGAUCAGAUUGAUCCAAAUCUCUGCACCCACAUCAUUUAUGCUUUCGCCAAAAUAAGUGGCAACCAGCUCGAGCCCGGUGAAUGGAAUGAUGCCACUACAUAUGGGACUCUCAAUCAGCUUAAAAGAAAUCGCAACUUGAAGACCCUUCUCUCUGUUGGUGGAGCUCUCAUGGGACCUGAACCCUUUAGAAGAAUAACUGCAUCUCCUGCCACACGCUCAGAAUUUGUGAUGUCUGUGUUGCAGUUGCUUCGGACAAAUAACUUUGAUGGCUUUGAUCUUGCUUGGCCCUUAGCAGAACUGUCUGAUAAAAGCCGUUUGACUAACCUGGUUAAGGAUCUGUCUGUAGCAUUUCGGAGGCGGGGUCAGAAAAGACUCUUACUGAGUGUUGCAAUACCCGCUGGAAGGGAAGCCAUUGACAAAGGAUAUGAUAUUCAGACAAUCUCAGAAUAUGUUGAUUUCAUUAACUUCAUGACCUUUGAUUUUCACGGCGCCUGGGAAAGUUUCACAGGCCAUUUAAGCCCCCUUCAGAAGAGCACAGCUGACAGUGGAUCUGCAUCCUACUACAAUGUUGACUACGCUGUGAAGUAUCUACGCAGCAUAGGUGCCCCAGCUGAGAAGAUCAUCAUGGGAAUCCCCACUUAUGGCCGGUCUUAUACCCUUUCUACCAAGCUGACUGGAGUUGAAGCCCCAGUAUCUGGUGCUGGGACACUUGGUCCUUUCACAAAAGAAGCGGGGAUACUGGCCUAUUAUGAGAUCUGUGGCUUUAAUUCCGGUGCCAAGAAGGAAUGGAUUCAGGAACAAAAAGUCCCCUACUCCUAUAAAGGGAACCAGUGGGUUGGAUAUGAAGAUGUGACAAGUGUUCAGAUCAAGGUUCAAUACAUGAAGGAUAAUCAAUUGGGAGGUAUUAUGGUUUGGACACUUGAGCAGGAUGAUUUUUCGGGUUCCUUCUGCAACCAGGGAAAAUACCCUCUAAUUGGUGCUAUUAAGAAAGAACUGGAUAAAAAAGCUCCAGUUUCUGCAACAGGAUAAUCAUGAAUAUCAGGAGAACUGUGAAGGCAUGCUGGAGCUUAUCUGUUUCUUCUAGACAUGAAUGCAGAUGAUCCAUUUACUAUGUGGCAAAUGUCAGGAACUUUAUUUGGUUGUUAAAAGCAUGUUAAAGUGCUAUAAUGUAGACGGCCAUAGCAAGUUUUCUAUUAUUUCUUGGUUAAUGUUACUUCCUAAUUUGCUGUACGGCUGUGAAGUGAAGACAUCGUUUCUCCACAUCCCACUCUGUGCUUCUGCAGUCUUUCAUCACUAUUGCCAAGUUCCUGGACGAAGGGUUAUGACAUUACUGGUUAAGUCUGUUCUUAGCUGUCUUAAAAAUGAACUCACCGUUGUAAUGGUGGCGCUUGCAUUGGUUUCCAAAUAUAUAAAUAAUGCAUUCAAUAAAA